UCUUCUUCUUUCCCAGUUUCCCCCGAGAUGCUUACUUUUCCCUCCCUCCCGCCAUGCUUCGUUUUUCCCUCCACAAAUCAAAUAUUCCUACCCAUCUCGCUCUCCUCUGAGAUCCCACCCGCCAUUACCCCCAUUUCUCCCGGCACGCCAGAUACAAUCGAAUUGGAUCUCCGCCUCCGCCUCCCACAUCAGCCUAGGCCAUGGCGCCGCCCAAGCCCACCACUCCUGACGCGGCCACCAAGCCCAAGAACAAGAAGGUCACCGCCGCCCAGGUCGCCUUCCUCGUCGAACGCUACCUCUCCGACAACGGCUUCCACGCCGCUCUCGCCGCCUUCCGCUCCGACGCCGCCCACCUCUUCAGCCCCCACCGCGCCAAGCCCCCGCCCAAGGGCCUCCUCCCGCUCGCCGACAUCCUCCACGACUACAUCGCCCACAAGGAGGCCCGCGGCGCCAUCGACUCGGCGAUGCACGCCAUGCACUCCCUCGUCUCCAACUACUACGCCUCCUCCUCCUCCUCGCCGCCGCCGGCAAUGAUGACCAUGAUGAUGCCUCCCGCCGCAAACACCUCCCAGCCAUCCUCGCCUCCGCUCGUCCCGCCGCUCUUCGUCGCCUCGUCUUCUUCUCCUCCGCAGCACCAACCGCAGCCCCAAGCUCAUGCAUCCACCGCGCUCCUUGUCCACAACUCAGAAAUGCCCACCAAAAAGAGGAAGCAUUCCAAGUCUGCAGGGAACACCACUACAGCCUCCAAGAAAUCCAAAUCCUGCACCACCACCUCGGAUGCAAAAGGUCCUAAAGCUGUUGCCUCUCAGCUGGCAAAUCACAACUUGUAUCCAACUUCAGCUCAACAAUCUGCUAUGGCGAACCUUCCUGUCCAGACCUCCUCUGUUGCAAAGAGCUUAUUCAGGCCACCUCAGCCUCAGCUCCACUCUUCUCCCUCUAGUACACCACAACCAAGCCAUGCCAUGCAAGAUCAGGAUCAGCCUGCUGCUUGUACAACUCAAAGGCCAUUGCCCGUGGCGGCAAGUGCUCAUACCCAACAUGACAUCGCCUCCCAGUGCUCCAUAGUUUCUUCUUCCAAGACUCUCAUCGUCAGCCCGCUCAAAGGGGGCACCUAUUAUGCUGUUGAGAGGAGUUACCAUGUCAGCUCCCCCUUGAAGUCCACCACCCACAAGUCAACCAAGAGGGAACAUGUCAAAGGAAAGCUAAACUUUGAUGCUACUGAUUCAAGGCUAGGUCCAAGUGAGCAGCUGAUUUGUGACAAGGCCUCUACUACCUCCUCUGAUGAAGACAAGCAAGAUGACUUUGACAUUGAUUUCACUAAUCUUGAUAUAUUUAAUGGUGAUUUUUCGUUUUCUGAGCUUCUGCUUGACCUUGACCUUGACACUGAAGGUAUUCAUUGCCAGAAUCCUUCUACAGGUGCUGAAGUUGAAAGACUAGAGCCUGUUGCCAAGAGUGACUGUGUGAUAGCAGAUCCUGGUUUACCUGAUUCAGUGAAGGCAGUGGCUGCAGAUUCCACUGAAGAUUUCGAUUUGCAAGCAGGAGCGACAUCUGUCACUUCUGUCAGGGCUACUACUAAGAGGAUAAAGAUCGUCAGCCCUGUGAAGGGCCGCACAGCUUAAUUAGAGCAGCGGAUGAAAUUUCACAUCACCAAGUCAAACGCGACUCCAUGUAGCCGGCCGCAUGACUCAGUAAUUUUAUCUAGAUGACUCACUAGAUGGCCUGACAAUUAAUCCAUGACAGUAUGUUGUAGUAGUGACCAAACCAAGUGAACUGCGCUGAGGGCAUUUUCAGCUUCCUGUAGCAUAUAUAUAUGCUAGUAAUGCUAUGAUGUAGUUUCUUGUAUUUGUUAUUAGCAUUGUGUUGUCAUGUAAAUGCUAAUAGCCUAAGGUUGUUAUCCCGAGUGGUGCGAAGCAACCGGCGGCACUCCAGAGGUGGGGGGUUCGAAUCCCCAUCGGGGUGAAUUUUCCCGCUUGUGGGAAAAAAAACCCCUCGCUGUGCUUCUGAUAGCUUGGGUUGUGUAGUCAGCUUGGCCCGACCUGGCGUCACGGUUUCCCGGCCCAGUGGGUAACGGUCCCGGCCCGGGUAAUGGUUCCAGGAAAUGGCACCAGACCUAAGGUCAGAAAGAGCCGGGGUUCGGGGGGUUUCUCGGUCUGUGUUAGAAGGCUUCCUUCUUAUAAGAAUGCUGGGGGGCUAGCCCCUCGCAGGUCGAGUUUUUUUGUAAAUGCUAAUAUGGCAGCAUUACUAAUUCUAAUUAGUUUAAUGUUUUGUUUCUGUCAAUAGAGUUUGGCAUUCAGAUUGUAGUUGCACUUUGACUAGCAAGCUGUUGGGCCCAUUUCUUGCUAUAUAUUUCAGAAGUCGUUUAUGUUC